AUGGCCUUACUCUUCUCAGUAGCUGAGUAUUGCUCUUCGGUUUGGGAAGAAAGUACUAACUGCAGAUUAGCUGAUAUAAAACUGCGGAAAGGUCUUCGCAUAAAUACUGGUAUAGUAAAUUCUACAAAAAUACAGUGGUUACCAGUCUUGGCUAAUAUCUAUCCCUCUCAUAUUCGCCAGCAGAAUACUGUAUUGCGGGUCAUGAACAAAAUACAAAAUAAUGCAGCAUUACCAAUUCACGAGGAUGGAGUUACAACGCCAAGACUGAUGUUCCAUCACUCUUUUCUUGCUAGUGUUAGAUCAAUAAAGGUUCGUAGAUGCCUUUAG